AUGAGGAAACACCAGCUGUUUGCAAAGCAAAGUAAAUAUUUCUUUGGGGUCCCAAGGAUAGAGUAUUUGGGUCACUUUAUUACUAAAGAAGGUGUGUUAACAGACUCUCAAAAGGUGAAAACUAUGAAGAAUUGGCUUUUGUUAAACACAAUUAAACAACUGAGAGGAGUCCCUGGUCUUGCUGGAUACUAUAAAAGAUUCAUCAGAGGCAUUGAAGUUAUCAGCAUGCCUUUAACUGACCUCCUCAAAAAGGAUAGCUUCAAAUGGUCUCAUGCUGCAUCUAAAGCCUUUGAACAAUUGAAGAUUACGCUGACUCGGGCCCCAGUAUUGGAACUACUUGAUCCUAAUAAGACCUUCAUUGUGGAAACUGAUACAAGUGGGCAGGGGAUAGCUGAUGUCUUAAUGUAG